AUGAUUUGUUUUUCAGCAAUAAGCAUAAUCAUCACAUUAUGUUUGGGUUCGAUACGAUGUUUCCAAGGUGUUAAGAGUGAGAAGUUACCGGAAGAUGAAAAUAGCCAAUCGCUACUAUUGCCCGAAAUUGGAGAAAAUGAUUGUAAGGGUGAUGAGAAUGAGUGGAUAAAGCCUACUGUUACCGGCUAUUUGGUUGGCCAACUUAUCGGUGUGAUUUUUGGUAUCGCUCUAUGUAUUGCAUUCAUUUAUCACUGUAUCCUUAAGAAUCUCAAAUUCCUUUCAUAA